UGUCAGUGCAAAUUAUUUACGAAUUAACUUGCAAGUCUUAAAUGAUAAACCAAUUAAAAUUCAGAAAGCCCAACAAACCCACAAGAAAUCUGCAGAAAUUUCAACUUGAGUCUGCCAUCUUUAUUGGCAACACGCUCGUCAGAAUCAAAAUCAGACUGCGCGGCGGCCUAUCCAAAGACUCAACGCUGGAAGACUCAACCACAACAACAACAACAACAACAACAGCAGCAAUCACAACAAGAUGAGCAAAGCUGAUCCCAUAUCGCUCAGUUUCCACGACUCUUGUCUGCGGAUGUCCGACGUCCAGCUGCUGCACGGACCACGCUGGCUGAACGAUCAGAUUUUGAGCUUCUAUUAUGAGUAUCUGUCGCAUGUCAAGUACAAGAACAACAACGAUCUGUACUUCAUAGCGCCCGAGGUGACACAGUGCAUGAAGUAUAUGGAUGACUCUGAGCUGGAGAUGCUUUUCGACGAGCACGAUGCGGUCAACAAGCCAUUCAUAUUCUUUGCGCUCAAUGAUAAUGGAACCACUGAAGCAGGUGGCACCCAUUGGUCGCUGCUGGUGCUCUCACGACCGGAGAAGACGUUCUUUCACUUUGACUCCUAUGGCAAUAACAAUACGGGCCCCUCGAUGGAACUGAUGACAAAGGUCAAGGAGUUGUUGGGCGUACGACAGGCCAAGUUUCGUCCGAUGCGUUGCUUGCAACAGGCCAAUGGCUACGACUGUGGCAUUCAUGUCAUCUGCAUGACCGAUCAUAUAGCAGACUAUGUGAAUCGCUACGAGUUGAUCGAGGGCUUACCCACAUUGCACAUUGACACGGUGAAGGCCAAGAGAGCAGAGCUGCUGAAGCUGAUCCUCUCACUGGGCGGCAAGGACUAAACUAUUAAAUACUUUGUUAUAAUGUUUGUAGCUCUAAGUGAUCUUUCAUAAAACGUUACUAAUUGUAAAAUGCACUGUGAAUACGAUUCAACCGUA